UUGUGCGUUUGCCAACCAAUCAAAAAUGAGAAUUAAGUGACGUUCAGUAGAUUCGAGGUGUUUGAUCGUCGCACAAUCAUACUUGGAAUCUCAAUCGAACGUACGAUUCUUUGGUGUUUCAUUACAGGAGCUCGUUGCGCAUUUAAAUACCACUCGAACAGUGGUACGCGCAUCAUAACAAGAAAUAAUAUCUCAAAGAGGGAUAAUUAUAUAUACAAAAUAUGACAUCUAAAGUUCUUAUGAAGCUACCAACGGUACCAUUUUCACAAGGAAAAAAACCAAGCCCACAUGACAUUACUUUAAACGAGAGAAACGAUGGAAUGAUACAAACUAGACAACAAAAUAUGAAUAUAGAUAGAGCAGCUCAAUUGGAGCAAAACAUGAAAUUUCUACAAGAGCAACAUCAAGCGACCUUACUUGCUUUACAUCAAGAAGUUGAAACGUUACGUCAGAGAAACAGAGAUUUGCAAUUUCAAUUAAUUUUUUCAAAGGGAACGACUUGUGUACCUAGCAGUCCUUCUUCACCUGAAGACAAUGGAAAUGGGUUCGCUAAACCAAAGGGUAGCCCAGUAUGCGUGAACGUGACACCACUGCAGGUUGAACUCUUGGAAAAAGAUUUGCAGGAUAUUAAAGCCUCGUUACAAGAUGCAAAAACGCACAACCAGUGCUUAACAGAAAUUAUUGAUCAGCAAAAGAAAAAUUUGGAGGAAUUAGAGAAGCAAAAGAAAAAAAUAGAUGUGACAGAUGUGGGAAUUCAAGUAGGAGGCAAAUCGGAAUCUUCUCAAGAAGAUAUAGUAACACGUUUGGCAGAUGCACAUGCGGUGAUAAAACAAUUGCAUAGGGAAAAUACGGAUCAACGAAAGGAAAUUGCAACAUUAAAGGCAGCAUCGGCAAAUAACGGAGGUACAAGUAGGGGCGGAUGGGCACGUGAUAGUAAUAAUAGUCAUCAUAGUCGUGUAUCAUCUAUAACUGGAAUACAGGAAUCAACAUCUCACAAAUUUCCACCAUUACAGACACAGAGCUACUCGCAUCGCAGAAUUCAAAGCUUUGAUCAUAAUUCUGAUUAUCACAGAAACGGAAGAAAUCGAUAUGACAGACAGGAUCUUCAUACGGACGCUGAAAAUACUGCAUUACCUCAGCUUCAAAAUGGUAGCAUAAAUUCAGAUGCUAUGAUCUUUGAUUCUUGUUAUCGCCGAUAUCAAGCUUAUCUUAAUUAUCAUCGAGAAUAUUAUAGUAAUCGCAAGUAUAGAUGUCAAGGUUCGCAAAGGGAUCGCAGAGAUUCUGAAAAUCGUUAUUACAGACGCGAUUAUAAAGAUAGAAAAUUUAAAGACCAUCAGAGGGGAGAAUGUACAGAUUCUGGAGAAGGUUCGAGAGAUGCGGAUAGCUCUCAUAAUCAAUAAAUAAUAUAUAAAUUGUUUUGAAUCUGGCGGCUUAGCCGCAUCAUAUAUGAGUAGAUAUGUCUUUAAGUUAUUUGCCUUAAAAUAUGUAAAAGCAUCAGGAACUCCAUUAGCAGUAAUAAUAGUUAUAAAUGCCGAGUGAUUAAUGUUUUCUCAUAUAAAUAUUCUCAUCUUGAAUAUUAUUCUGUUCCCUAUGCUUAGAUCACCAUACAUAGCGCAAUGACACAUUAAAGCUAUAUGAUCUCUCGAAUGGAACAAUCUAGUGCAGCAUAAAUCAUUUUAUUCAUUAUAGGCUGCCUUGAAAAAAGUAGAAGUUAUGCCUCAUGAAUUGGUAACGAAGUAAUUAUAAACAGCAAAUAUAGAUAUCAAAAAAAAAAAAAAAAAUGAAAAAAAAAGAAAAAAAAAGAAAAAAAAAGAAAAAAAAAAGAAAAUAAAAAGAAAAAAAAAGAAAAAAGAGAGAAAAGAGAAAAAAGAAAAAAGAAAGAAAAAAAAAACAAAAGAAAGGAAAAGCUACUACAUGUAAUUACAACACUUGAAAAAGUAUGAGGAAGUGGGAAACGAAAGAUAUAAUUAAUCGAAUUUCAUUAUUACUUUUUCUGGCAUCCCUAAGAAGAUUUUAUUCGAUAAAGAAAUGACAAGAGCUUCUACAAGUUAUUCUACAAUUUACAUCACGUUACAUUUACAAGAUCUAAAGAUGCAUAUCUUAAUAUUUUAUUUUAUAUUGAGUGAUAUUAAAAGUAAAAGUGAAUUUUAAAAUAUUAAGUAAUUUUAUGUAGAGUAACUUUUAUUGUAAUUGUUUCAAAAUUGUAUUACAAUUGAAUUGUAAAAUAAUUGGCGGAUGAUAGUUUUUCUUGCACAAUGGAAGGUGUAUCUAUGAAAAAGUUGGAAAAUUCAUCGAUGAUACUCAUUUAUCCUACAUAUAUACUACUGUUUCUAAUACAUUUUCAACUACUAGUGGAUGCAUA